ACGGACAGCGACGAGUGGCGACGACGACGAGGACGUCGUGCGCGUUUCUCGCGGUGAGGUAGUGACGAUGUUCCGUCGCCUCAAGUCAAGCCGUGUGACGCGAAUUCCCGGCUGCGAGUCCACCGACGACGAGGACGUCGAUCACGCCAGUAAGAAUGAUUCAAUCAGUCCGCCGAACGAGUUCGAAGAGUCGCUACAUGAGAUGUCUGAUAUUUACGGACAAACGCCACCCAGGACCCGUCACAGUCGCAAGAAAAGGCACAUGAAGCAGAAACUUUUAUCAGGCAGCGAUCUUAAGUCAAUAGAGAAAGAAGCUAGGCCAAGGACAGUUAUCCGCAGACGCAACACCCUGGACACUAUCAUUUUCAACGAAAUGUGCGACAAAGCGGACAAAGACUGCGAGGACGAAACGAAGGAGGACGUGAAGGAAGGCAGCAGAAAGUGCAAGAGAAGUUUGAAACUGCUACGUGGUAAUGAAAGGGAUCUGAAGCUCGAUGUGGAGGCUGCCUACAACUAUGCAGAGAAGCACGCUGGUGACAUGGCGGUGUCGACACCGAAUCAAAUUAAGGUCGAGACUAGAAAUAGAUUUCGUUGCCUACGAUCCAAACCCGUUGACAUCGAGGAGAAGAAGGUGGAGCGUGAUGUCAGUGAGCAGAGCGUGGUGAUAAGUGAAGAAAGUCUACGCGCGCAAUCGCCAAGAACGCAAACUUUGAAGGAGAGAGAAAUUUUUCACGAUACAUUCUCUUUUUUAAUUAGAUUGGGAAGCACUGAACGAAAUUGUCGCCGUCAGAUGAGUCAUGAGGAAACCAGAUGGCAGAACGAAUUAAAGGACUUGAUAUGGCUAGAAUUGCAAGCGCAUCAUGCGGAUCGUAGCGCGAUGGCGCAAGAUGAAUAUUUAUGCCGUCAACGAGAAGCAGUGGAGGGUUUACUUACAGAAAUAAUGGAAUACAGAUACGAUCCUAUCGCGGACGUGCAAGAGGGAAGUUCAAAUUCUAUCAACCCUGGUGACAUUACAAGCGAUCGGUCUACAAAUAUUGAACUGAGUGUAUGCCCGGGUUGCCUUUCCAUGUACUGUCGCGCGUGCGCCCGAGCACAGGGAGAAGCAUUGCAGCAAGUGGAAGGUCUGCUGGCUCGCUUGGAAGCCGCGGAAGCACUGUAUCCAUCAUCUCAGGCAUUCGCUGUUAAUUAUCCGUUGUACAAAAGCUCGGAAUUCACCGACAGGGUGAAAGCCAUGUGUCUAUGGUACAACAUGACGAAACACCAUCGAUUCAAAUUACAGAUAUUGGGCAGAUUACUCAUGAUGCUACACAGCAAGAAGAAACAGGAUGAAUUCAAUGACUCCGGCAUCAGUUCGCGAUCUUCAGAUACCAUCGAUUCUGCAGAGCGACAAUCUAUGGUGCGAUUUGAACUACCUCAACAGGACGAAACUUCCAGCCCCUCUGAUAGCAAUAAUAGCAAUAAUUCUUCAAUCGGAGGUUUAUCGUUUAUAUCACAAUCACUGCCACCUACUCCGGAAACUUCGUUUUCGUAUAUGGAAGACGAAAGAGUGGACCGACUCGAUUUCUAUUUGGUGGAAUUUGAUCGACAUGCUUACAGAAAGUAUAUUGAAGAUGUAUUAAAAACGAGAGGUCUUAGAAAAAGUUUGAAUUUCUUGGAUCGAUUGCAUACAUCUAUAUUGAGAAAAGCAAGAUUAACUUUGGAAAAAAAUGACUGCGAAGGAUGCGAUAGUAAUACGAGUGAAGAAUACGAAGGUGACAGAGAAUUACGACGAUACGGUAUAUGGAGUUCUGAAGCAAAAGAAUUAAAUCUACCAUCGUAUAGGGCAGCUUUCGUGUUUCUUUCACGUGUGCCCUUAGACGUGGUUCACGAAUUUCUAAGGAUGAGACUGGAACAGAAACCGGAUCAGCCGAGUUCUUUGUCGGUUCGACAGCUCAUGCGGGAGCUUCGCGAGGGUCUCAGGAUCGCUUGCAUCCAUCGCGACCGAUUCGCCGCGCACUCUCGUGCUGCCGUCGCUAGCGACGAAACUGGCUGUGAGUGUCUGUUCGAAGAGGAUGUCAAGUCCUUCGACGAGAGUCUGGGAGCCGUGUUUGAGCUAUAUCUGGAUUAUCUUCAGCAGUGGAUAGAUAUGGUGCAGCAUGACAGUUUCCAUAAGAAUUUAAUUAUGGAUGAAUGGAUAUUCGUCAAGUCAAUCGCUGGGAAUAUAAACGAUGGAUAUAAGAUUGCUGGCGUAAAAUUCUAUAAGAUUGCGUAUACAAUGAUUAAACAAGUAAAUGAAUUUCUCGUCGAACGAACUCGCGAGAUUCGAGAAAUCGCAGAAGAGAAGGAGGACGAUGAGUUGCCAUGCAAUGAAACAAUGCUUAGAUUCCAUCUGAUGUGUAUCGGUCGCGAGUGGCAGGGAAUGUUCGUAGAAGCCCGGGAAAAAAUCGUGAAGAGUAUCAAUCUCGCCAAAUGUUUGAAACGCGACAUUGAGAAGUGGCCUGUCUCCAAUCAGGAAUUGGAAGAAUCAUUAAAACUGUUGAAAGAUAUAAUUCUGGAUUUGAGGCAUCGCAUAACGAUAGUAGUCGAGGAUUUCCAAAGCGACGCUAAUGAAGUGGAACAAUCGAAUACAGAAAACGAUCAAGCGCCCUUACGAUCGAGAAUCCGUGAGAUUCUUCAUCAAGCUUAUAAGAUGGGCUUUGAUUUUCAUAAAGAGAUGUGCAAAUUAUUUUCCUUGGAAGAAAAAGCCAUUUUGGCACGGGGUCUAGUAUCGUUUGCACUACUGUGGAUGGAGUUUGUAAGAACGCGAUGCGAGCGUGGCCGUGGCUUGAGGCCCAGAUGGGCAAAUCAAGGUCUGGAGUUUUUAAUAACGGUAUGCGAGCCGCAAAUACAAAAACAUCUCACCGACCAGGAAUUCGAGGAGUUAAAAAUGUGCAUGGAUCGUUGCAUAUCUCAUGUAGUGGGAACCGUAUCAGGAUCAACGCCUGAAACAGAAAACCUAAGAAGAUUGUCGCGAUCAAGAGCUUCAUCGCCGUGUCAUGGUCGUACUAGAACUGCAAGCAUUAGCCUCCCUCAGCAGAAACCACGAGACGUUUUGAAAUCGCCUGAGUUAUCGGUUAAUGCAAAGAAAAGCAAUUCACCGGGCACGGUUGACGGAAAUCUCUCGGUGAUAAUAAACACACCCGAGCGAGGCACGCAGAGACAUGAAAGAGUUAUACGUGCUCUCAGGAAAGUAGAGAAUGAGCUUGAUGAAAGAUUGCGAAGUCGAGAACUCAUCGGACAAGUCAUUGAUAGGAAAGCGGACAGAGUUCAUAUUAAGGCGAGACGAGUUACGUUUACAUGGCAGCGAGGUAUUAAAAUAGGUCAGGGACGAUUUGGCAAAGUAUAUACAGUAGUGAACAAUCAAACUGGUGAAUUAUUAGCUAUGAAAGAGGUACAGUUGCAACCUGGUGAUUGCAGAGCAAUCAGACGCGUUGCUGAAGAAUUACAAAUAUUUGAGGGAAUUCAACAUCAGCAUUUAGUGCGAUAUUAUGGAUUAGAAAUUCAUCGUGAGGAGAUGCUGAUUUUUAUGGAAUUUUGUGCGGAAGGAACUCUUGAGAGUUUAGUAGCGGGUAGUGGUAAUGGAUUGCCGGAAUCUUUAGUCAGAAAAUACACGCAUCAGCUCCUUUCGGCUGUGGCAGCAUUACACUUCCACGGAAUAGUUCAUCGAGAUAUCAAAACCGCAAAUAUUUUUUUAACAGACGAAGGCAAUUGUUUGAAACUCGGCGAUUUUGGUAGUGCGGUACAAAUUAAAGCACAUACAACUAUGCCUGGAGAACUUCAGGGCUUUGUUGGAACUCAAGCUUAUAUGGCACCAGAAGUAUUCAUGAAAUCUGAAAGUAGUGGACACGGUAGAGCCGCUGAUAUCUGGUCUGUGGGUUGCUGCAUUAUUGAGAUGGCGAGUGGACGACGACCUUGGUCGGAUUAUGAUUCAAAUUAUCAAAUUAUGUUUAAGGUUGGAAUGGGAGACACACCAGCACUUCCGAAGAAUCUUUCUGCGGAAGGUAUAGAUUUCGUGAAGAAAUGUCUUCAACACGAUCCGAAGAGAAGAUUGACCGCGAAUAAUUUACUUGCACACUCUUUUAUACGAGGAGAAUAUGAGGAUGUAAAUGCUGAUUUAACAAUGCCGCGAUACUAAGAAUUAUAAGGAAAAUGUAAGUACCAUUCGUAAAUUAAUCUCUUAUCGAUCUUGAAGCAAACAUAUAAGAAAAAUCAAA